UAAUGUGACCGCAUGAAGAGAGGUUCUUUUAACUUCCGGGUCACAGCAUUCUCUCUUCUUCUGGACAUUUCAGCGUGACCGACGUUUCGUGUCUCUUUAGACUUAAAAAUGCGUUACGUGGCCGCUUACCUUCUGGCAGUGCUUGGUGGCAACACCAGCCCUUCAUCUAAGGACAUCAAGACCAUCCUGGGGAGCGUGGGCAUCGAGGCUGAGGAUGUGCGCCUGGAUAAGGUCAUCACUGAAUUGAACGGGAAAGACAUCAAUGAAGCCUCUCUAAGUUGGCCUCCAUGCCAGCAGGUGGCGCUGUUGCAGCUCCUGCUGCUGCUAGUGGAGGGGCUGCCGUGGCAACGCCUGCUGCUGCGGAAGAGAAAAAGGAGGAAAAGAAGGAGGAAUCUGAAGAAUCUGAUGAAGAUAUGGGCUUUGGACUCUUUGAUUAAUUUUUCAUCCACUAAGAAAGCAAUACAAAUUGAAAAGGUUUACACACAACCCUUGUUUUGAAUCAUUUCAGUUUAAAUCCAAAUGUUUUACAAGGUGAGCAGAAUUGAGGACAGGCUAACUGAUUUCUGUUCCUAUUACCAGCUGUCAAGACAGUAAUUCUGCUGAUAAUGCUUUUAUUAAUCUUUUUAAUUCACUGAUGUUUUUAUCCAAUGGCAUGUAUGGGGGGGAUUUAGAUAUGGAACCUCUUGCUCUUCACUCAAACUAAGCUUUGCCCAUGAAUCAUCAUCUUUUUAUCAAUCAAGUCUUAAACAGCACUGUUUAGUCAUAGACACUUUAAGUCACUUCUUGCUGCUUGUUGCGGCAAUAUGGAAUACAUUUCUUCAAUUUGG